UGCCCGUCACAGCGAGCGUCUUUGUGCCCUUUUCCGAAUCCGAUGCGAGGACGACAUGCGCACCAAGAUGGACUUUAACGUUGCGACCGCACACAUUUAGCUUUAACACAACACACAAGUAGAGAUUUUAUUUUUUUGUUAAAUGGCUGUUUGCUUAAAAAGCAACUCUUUACAUGAUUUCCGGUUUGAUGCAAAAAAAUUUCAUUUAAUCUAAAUUCCUAGGUUAAAUACUUCAUUUAAAUAUAAGAUCAAUUUUCAUCAUGAUCAAAUAUUUAAUUUUGAAGAAACUGUCGAUCGUCCAAGCAAUGUUGUAGACCAAAACUCGUCAAUAUAUGUAAAUAUUGUGGAGACUCUCCUUGUGGGAACUAGAAAAAAAUUCUAAAUGUAUAGAGAGCUUUAAAAUUGCAUAUAAGAUUGUUUGUUUUUACAAACCAAAGACGAUAUAUUAUAAAAUGUACAAUAAACCAAGCAACGCAAAACUUUUGUCAUUUUCUUUUUAAUCCUCUCUUGAUUAAUUGAAGAGUGGAGAUUAAAUCUAAAUUUGAUCAUUUCCCAUAGUAUGAGCCCCUCUGCUGGCGGUCAAUCUAGUGCGCAUCAAGUGAUCAACAGUGGAUUAUUUUUAGAUUAAAAGGACUGAGCAUCACUGUGCGCGCUGCUGUUUAUUAAGCAGGUUUCUUGAGAAGGACAUUUAACCGAGAAAAAUUAUUCCAUAUCUUUUUCUUCGUGAUCUAAUAUUUUUUUUUAAAUUUAUUGAAUUAUGCUUGAGGUUGAGUUGCGACGGUUGAGUGAUGAUGAUUUUGCGUUAUUGAGAGAAGCGAUCAAGGCUGAAAGAUGGAGGAGAACCAGCAUCCCCAAACUGAAGAAAUUAUGCGCCCAGGAAAUCUUCCGAAAUUGGUCAAAGUAUUUAACGAAUCCCGUUCUGAGAAAAAAAUUCAACACUAUACCCGACUAUGUGGUGCAAAAUAUCCUGGCUGAGCUCAAAGCGGCCGAUUUGAACUUCAUCAUUCUGUUGUGCAACGAAUUUGUCGCCAAUUUCGACUUUCAAAUUCUGAAAAAUAACGAGAAAGCCUCUUCUUUUUUUGAUUCGAUUGCAAGGACGUGUGUCGUCCUGCGCCACAUGCAGAAAAACUGCCCAAAAAUCACUUGCGUCAAACUGCAGUGGCCGACGGAACUGCAGUUUGACGUGCCUUUGGAUUAUUUGGCUCCUUGGAGAGGUCUCAAGUUUUUAGCCGCGCGCGAUUUCAUCUUCAGCCCACAGUCGAUACUUUUGCUGACAAAGAAUCACGUGAAAUUGGAAUGCCUAGAAAUGGGAAUUUUUGUGAACCAAUUUGACUCACCCGACGUCUUCGCCGAGAUGAAAAGUCUGAAAUACCUCUACGUUUUGGGCACCCUGCCGAGCAAAGAAAAGGUGAAGAGAUUUCGCGAAAGAAUGGCCAACCAGCUUUUCGCCACGAUCGCCGCCGCGGCCCCGAAUGUCAAACGAUUUCACUGCGAGCUUUCAGAAGCGUGUCCAUCGCGCAGUUCGGACGGGUUUGUUGAAAAAUGGAUUUCACUGGAAAAAUCCGAUCGGAACGUCUGCCUGCUGGGGCUGCAAAUUUUUAACCUGACAUGUACGUGGCCUGCAAAUGGACUCACCGUCGAGAAACUGACCAUUUUCGGCGACUUGCUCGACUCGAAUCCGGACACUGUGCGCAACGUGCUCACGAUUCCGACCGCAAAUCUGCAACGGCUGGACCUGCGUGAGAUUUCCGAGACUUCGUUCGUUUUCAAAAUUCUCAAAUAUUUCGGUGCGAAAAUCGAGCACUUGGGACUGUUUUGGAAAAGGCCACCGGAAGACUUGAAUCUUUACAAAAUUUUGAAUCUUUGUAGAAAUCUGCGCAAGAUCAGCGUGGACGAGUUUGCGACCACAGAGGAAAUGGAGGGUUUUGAACUGACCGCGGACUAUUUCACAAAAAUCGAGUCUUUCGAUUUCUACCGGUGCAAAAGUGAUAACGUGCAUGUGAUCGACAGGCAGCACAAUGUACUGAUUUUCAAAAUGUUUCUCCUCAAUUCGGAGGCAAUCAAAACAAGGCUGAGCAUAUUCGCGGGCGAAAUGUUAUCAGCCCUGCUGGACGCGCUGGUGAGCAACCCUAAUUGUUUAAAAGACAUUGAAGAGCUGAAUUUUAAUGUCCAGUGCAUUAUGCAUACCUUUUUCGUGGAGAAGAUUUUAGACGUCAUGAUUCAGCGCGCGCCGCGGCUUCACACUUUUAAUAUCAAAUGCCAAGAAAUGAUCAAUGCGAAAAAAAUGCGAUCGCUUUUGUCUGAUAAAUUGAUCACGUUGGUUCAUGAUCUCAAUGUAAGCUUAAACAUUGUAGAUAAACUAUAGAGGAAAAAUGAGUUUUGUUAAAGAAUAUGAUCUCAUGAUAAAAAAAUGAGAACUGAGCUUAAAAUAAUCUAAAAUGAGAUUAAAUAGGUCAAUAUAUUAUUUUAUUUUGUUUGAUUGAAUAAAUUUGCACUUGAGGUGUCGUUCAUUUGUUGAACAUUAUUUGUUUUAUUAAAAAAACAAAUGGCUACACCAUUUUUGGUCACGAUCUGUAAACCUAUUUCAUGAGCAAGUAAAAAAAAAAAUGCAAAAUCAGUAAAAUUGCAAGAAACGACUUUUUUUGAUACCUCAAAAAUCAACCAUUUCAAUACAAUAAAUAUAUUAUGUAUAAUUAAAUCACAUAUAUUUUGUUAUUUUAAAAACAUGCAUAUUCGUUACUUCAUUUUAAAUAAAUCUUUUUCAUAAAUUGUUUAAAAAGUCGUGUGUUAAAUUUUUUCAGUUAUUUAAUUUACAUUUAAAUUAUACCUAUGAACGCCCCCCUAUGAACUUGUAAACACUGCUUUUGGUCCCGGAAUUUUGAGUUUUCGCUGCGAUUUUGAAACUGAGUCUGCCCGUUUUUGGUGUCUGAGAGCUCGUGAAGGUUCAGUGCGGGUGUGUGUCUGUGGGCAGCCGAUGUGAUAUCCGACUUUCCAAGAUGCAAGCUCAAAUUCCACGACGACCAGCGUUUGGGAGGGCUGGGCACAGAACGCCAUUAGAAACGCCAUGCUGUCACCGAGGCGAAUGGAUCUACCAAACACUACAGUCUGUCCUCGUCGAACUUGCGGUAAUAAAGGCAAGCCUUCAAAACGUACCUGAAAGCCCUAAAUCUCUACCGCCGCCCACGCGUCCUGCGAGAGUGUACGAAAUCGACGGCGACCUUUUUGAGGACGCUCCAGCCGACGCCUCACUGGCUCACUGCGUUGGUGCCGAUUUUCUGAUGGGAGCCGGCAUCGCAGUGCCAAUAAAGGAGAAGUACGGAAACGUGAGUUACCUGAAAUCUCUCGGCCGCCGGCCUGGUCAGGUCGCCUCUCUGCCUAUCUCGGAAGAGCAGCUGAAAUUCGUUUUCUACCUAGUGACCAAGCCGCGCUCAGCGUACUGCUUACCUCGCCCUGAUGACUUUGUCUCCGCCGUCCGAGAGCUGGCUCAGCUCUGUUCCUCGCUUGGAGUGCCAACGCUUGCCAUGCCGCGCAUCGGGGCCGGACUGGACCGACAACCAUGGCCGUGGGUCCGUUCGGUCAUCGAAGAGGCCUUCGCCGGAGUCGAUACUGACGUUCUCAUCUUUGUCCACCCGUCUGAGCGUCCAGUCAAUGAGAUGAAGCGCCGCUCGUACAGGGACGUCGCGGCCUCGACUCCCGUACAAGCAGCAGCUGAAAAAACCUGUCCGGACGUAUCCGCAGAUUCAUUUGGAAGAAAUUCCCCGAAGAACAAGCAGCCAGCACACCAGCGAAGCCCAAAGGUCAAUGGAAUGCAGAGGCUGACCGCCGACAUUGAGAGACAGCAGCAAAUGCGCACUGGACACUCGUCCCGGAUGACCGAUGCCCAUCAACGAGGAGGAAGAGGGAGAGGAAAAGAUGCAAGGGCGGCCAGGAGUGGCACGAGGUUAGUAAAAAAUAAAAUUCUUACUGACCUCACUAAACCCGAAUUUUCCUCUCUGCCAAAACCCCCGCGGACGACGGAGCCGAAAGCGGUGACAACGGGACAGAUGAAGGAGCAAACUAUAGAGACUGGCGCGGCUCCCCCCGGGCCUGGCGGUGCCCCAUCAGAAGCUGCCAAGGUUACAGCAGGUACAGGUGGACAAGCUGGGCGCACACCGGAGACCUGUAAAAAAGCUGGGGUGCCCUCCCGUGCGUCCAGCCCCACCUCAUCACCUGCUAAUAAAGGUGAAAUAACUUUGAUUCAGUCAACCUACCCUGAGGAGGAAAUUAUUUCUAGUCUGGAAGCCAACUAUUCUGGAGGCGAGGGCAAGAAGGAGUAUACCAGCCUGACGAAAUUCUUUGCUGACCUGAAAGGAGGAAGCGAGGCCGAGAAUCUUCGGGAAAAUUUUGCCGGUGGGGGUAGCCUGCACCAGCUGCCCCCACUUGAUUCCGAUCACCGACCCCCCCGGCAAACUCCCAAUGCUAAGGUAACAAUCGGUGUUUCGGACUUACCCAAAGUCUCACCCCUCGCUUCGUUCGAGCCCUCAGCCUCACCACAGACCUACUCCGCCCCCACCGUGGCUCCUGAUGCGCCCUGCAGCACAGCGGACCUGGCCAAAGAGUUGUCCGGCAUGAGGCGCAGCAUCGACGCGCUGGCCGAGCAAGUCUCGGUCGGGCUACGUGGGACAGUUCCGGUAAACAUCAGGCGAUCGCUGCCAAGAAAGGAGGCCGGCCCUUCGGCCGUGCGCCACCUGAGUAGGCAGCCCUCCCCAUCGGAUACAUCCCCGAAGAUCGCCGCACCAUCACCCUCUAAAUCCACGUCGAUUAAUUAUAGAAGACACUCAAAAAACUCAAUUGUAAAGUCCCGUUACAAAGUCGCUUAAAUAACUUAAAAUUACUAAACUUAAAUGUUCGAGGCCUAAAGACACCCGACAAAUAUACUGAAUUUACUAGUUUUAUACAUGGCUUAAAAGAACGUCCAGAUAUAAUUAUUAUUACAGAACAUUGGUUAGAUUCACAUGAGGUAAAAACUUUUUAUCUGGAGGGAUUUUAGUUGUUAGCCUAUUUUGGAAGAAGUAAAAAGAAAUAUGAAAGAGGUGGGGUUCUAAUCCUAAAAAAUAAACUUAUGAAAGGCUCAACUAAAAUAGUUAAAAUGUUUUCUAGGGAAAUGUUUUUUGAAUUCUGCGCAAGUAAAAUAUCUGUCGGGUCUGAAAAUAUUUAUGUUAUUGGUGUUUAUCGCCCAAGUAAUCCAAGAGCAAAUGCAAUAGUUCCUGAAUUUUUAGAACAUUUAGACAAUGUACUCAUGCAAUCCAGAUUUAGUGGUCACGUAAUUCUAGCUGGGGACUUCAAUAUUGAUCUUCUCUGUGAUGAUCAAAACAGCACUAAAUUAAAAGAGAUUACUAAUUUUCACAACCUGCACCUGUUGAAUGAAAAAAAAGUAACUAGGGCAAAUGUAAAUGGAGGUACACUUCUUGACCAUGUAUAUACUAAUUUUAAUUUGGAAAGCACUUUUAAAAUAAUUCCAAUGACUUUUUCUGAUCACUGCGCAGUGUAUGCGUCGAUUGCACUGCCAGUCGAAAAACUUCAAGAUAGUUUAAAUAUGUUAGAUGUUAUACUGAUGAAAAUUAUCAAAAAUUUAAUUCCUUGCUUGAACUUGAAAGCUGGGAUCAAGUCUUUAAGGUUUGCUCAAUUGAUAGUAAAAGCGAGGCCUUUAUGAACAUACUCGUAAGAUACUUUGAGAUCUCUUUUCCAAAAAAACGUAUUACACUAAGGGCUAAUCAAACUGGGAAAAUUAAUUUAUCACAAGAAACAAAAAAUUUACAAAAGCAGAUGAUUGAACUUAGCAAAGAAAUAAAAGCUAACAUGGAUCAAAAUCUUAAAACUGAUAUGAAGCAAAAAUUAAAACGUAUUAAGAAGGAAGUUAUAGAUAACAUCCAAAAGGAAAUAAAAUUAGUAAAUGGCAAUAAAAUAUUAAAGGCAACAAACAAAUCUAGCGCAGCAUGGAAAUUAAUUAAUACUCAAUGUGGAAAAGACAAAAAUGCAGAAUUCAUUGAAAAGUUAACUGUAGAUGGUGCUAGUGAAACAAUCAAAUUAAAUAUUGCUAAUUGUUUGAACAGUAAAUUUGUUGAGCCUGAACCCGACACUAACAGUAUUAAUUUAAAUAAUUGCUCAAAAUUACCGGAUGAAGCUUACUGUAUGGCACAAGGUCUUGAGUUAAUGGAUGAAUUUGAAGUGUAUAGUAUCAUCAAAAAUCUUCCAUCUAAAAAAUCGUUUGGUUGGGACGGAAUCUCAACUACUGUCUUGAAAAAGAUAUCUAUGCUUAUUACAGUUCCACUCACCUAUCUGAUAAACCAGUCCUUCCUGGAAGGGAGAUUUCCCGACAAUAUGAAACUAGCUAAAAUUACUCCGUUAUUUAAAAAAGGCGAUAAGGAAGACCCAGCUAAUUAUAGACCAAUUUCAAUUACAUCGGCAAUAUCUAAAGUUUACGAAAAAUCCUUCUUGCACAGACUUGAAAGUCACCUGAAUGUCAACAAUAUCUUAAUUCCCGAGCAACACGGUUUCAGGAGAGGAAAAAAUACUGUAACUGCGCUCUAUAGCUAUGUGACCUCAUUAUAUGAAUCGGUUGAAGCAAGAGAGAAAGUAAACGUAAUUCUGUACGACUUCUCAAACGCGUUUGGAACUCUGUAUCCACCUCUGCUCGUGCAUAAGCUAAAACAAUACGGCCUACAUAAUAACUUGCUCUCGUGGCUCAAUUGCUUUUUGACCAAUAGGAAACAAUUUGUACAGCUCAAAAAUCUUGGUUGUGAUAGAUAUGAAGAGUAUAUAAACUCAGAUGUGUUAGAAAGUAAUAUGGGUGUGCCCCAAGGUACAGUUCUCGGGCCAAUUGGUUUCUCUAUGUACUUAAAUGAUAUUCCUCUCGCUGUUUUUUUGGCCCUUCUGAUCCUCUUUGCAGAUGAUUCUACGGCGAUUGUUAAGGGAGGAUCAUUUUCUGAAGUAAACACAAAAACAGUGGCAGUAAACGAUAGUUUUACCAGCUUUGCUAACGACAAUUUUCUAAGAAUCAAUUCCAAAAAAACCAAAAUAUUGCAGAUUCACACAAGUCAAACGAAAAAUAUAGUCCAACCUGUUAUUAAUAUUCAAGACCAAGUUAUAGAAAUCUCAAAGACCGGCAGACUCUUAGGAGUAGAAAUAAAUGAUACCUUAAAUUGGAGUGAUCACUGCGAUAGGGUUGUUAACAAACUUAGAGGUGUCUCCCAUAUAUUUACUAGGUUAAAAUAUAAAGUGUCAGACGAUAUUCUUAAACUGAUAUACUUUGCUCAUGUACAGAGUCAUUUAAUGUAUAGUAUUGUGAUCUGGGGAGGUUCUUGUCAUCUUAUAAAAGUAUUUCGAGCACAAAAAAGAGCCCUGAGAGCUAUGGCUGGCGUCCGAUAUUGGCGAUCAAAUGAAGCGCUGGACACAUGUAAACCAUUAUUCUCUAAGUAUAAUAUUAUGACUGUGCCUUCUCUGUACAUUCUCGAGUGUAUUAAAUUUCUAGUGCAAAACCGCAGGCUAUUUCAGAAAUAUAGUGAUAACGAAGAUAUGAGGAGGGUAACUCGAUAUAAUCAAGCAAACAUUUGUGAUAAUGAUCUGAUUGUGAAGGAAAUUAAGCUAAAAAAAUCUGUUGAAAAUCCCGAGUUUAUGAUACCAAGAAUAUUUAAUGCCUUACCUGUAACAUUGAAAAUCCUCGAAAGUGACGAGGUCCUUGUAAAGAAAGUUAAAUCUUUUGUACAAGAACAUCAAUUUUAUGACCUGAACGAGUUUUAUCGUUUGAAUAAUGUACUGUACUCUGACUUAUUUUAAAAAGUUUUUGUUACUUGUAGCAAUGCUUAACAAAAUAAAACAUA